CAAUCAUCUGUUUACCAUGUAUUUGCAGCCUCUUUCUGAUAUUACCGUGAGCGAAGGGAGCUGGUCACUGUGGUCUGUGGAAAAGUGUCCAGUUGCUGAGACGAGCACCGAAGAAUGUGAAUAAAUUUCCUUGUACAUCAACAACACAACAUCAUAUCAGAAGAUGGACGCGCAGGACCAGGAGUCUCUGACCAGGUGGGACAGGCUGGGCAGCCGUGACACUAGCUCCAGGAUGGCCGCCAUGGAGCACAUUCGCCAGGAGGUAAUGAGGAAAGUGGAAGCUAUCGGACCUAUAGCACCAUGUUCGCCAUCACCUGCACCGUCUGGGUGCCCCGCUGGCAGCGACCUGAACGUCACCCUGGCUCACCUGCUCAUGCUCACCAAACGUUGUCCUUUUGACGAUGUAAAGGAGAGAUGCCUUCGACUCUUACAGGCUGUACAGGAUCUGGGAGUGCGUAUCCCCAGGCCUCUCGGUAACGGACCUAGCAGAUUUAUCCCUGAAAAAGAGAUUCUGGGAGUCAGUAAAGUGGACACCAGGACACAGUCGAUAUUUGAGGAUGCGUUCGCCGCCCUCGGUCGCCUUGACAACAUCUCCUUGGUGAUGGGCUUCCACCCUCAGUACCUGGAGAGCUUCCUCCGGACGCAGCACUACCUGCUGCAGAUGGACGGGCCGCUGUCGCUACACUACCGCCACUACAUCGGCAUCAUGGCGGCGGCGCGACACCAGUGCUCCUACUUGGUCAACCUGCAUGUGAACGACUUCCUCCAAGUCGGCGGAGACCCCAAGUGGCUCAACGGGUUAAACGAAGCCCCGCAGAAGCUGCAGCAGCUCGGCGAGAUCAACAAAAUCUUGGCCCACCGUCCUUGGCUGCUCACCAAGGAGCACAUUGAGGGUCUCCUGAAGGCAGAGGAGCACAGUUGGUCCCUGGCGGAGCUCAUCCACGCCGUGGUCCUCCUCACGCAUUACCACUCGCUGGCCUCCUUCACCUUCGGCUGCGGCAUCAUGCCAGAGAUCCACUGUGACGGCGGCCACACCUUCAGACCCCCCUCCCUCAGCCAGUACUGCGUAUGCGACAUCGCCAACGGCAACAACCACGGAAAUCAUCACGACAGUCAUCUUAGCAGCCAGGAGGUGUGCGGCGAGGUGGAGGUGCUGAUGGAGCGCAUGAAGCAGCUGCAGGAGUGCCGUGACGACGAGGAGGCCAGCCAGGAGGAGAUGGCCACUCGCUUCGAGCGGGAGAAGACUGAGAGCAUGCUGGUGGUCACGGCCGAGGACGAGGAAUGGGUGCCCUCUAGGGACAUCUCCCGACAUUUUGAGGACCUCAGCUAUGGCUACAAGGACUUCUCCAGGCGGGGGGAGCACGUCCCCACCUUCAGAGUGCAGGACUACAGCUGGGAGGACCACGGCUUCUCCUUGGUGAACAGGCUGUAUCCCGACGUGGGUCAGAUGCUGGAUGAGAAGUUCCAAAUGGCGUACAACCUGACCUACAACACCAUGGCAACGCACAAGGACGUGGACACCAGCAUGCUGCGCAGAGCCAUCUGGAACUACAUCCACUGCAUGUUCGGCAUCAGGUAUGACGACUACGACUACGGCGAGAUCAACCAGCUGUUGGACCGUAGCUUUAAGAUCUAUAUCAAAACCAUGGUGUGCAGUCCUGAGAAGACCACCAAACGAAUGUAUGAGAGCUUCUGGAGGCAGUUUCAGCACUCUGAGAAGGUCCACGUUAAUCUGCUUCUUAUGGAAGCGCGAAUGCAAGCAGAACUGUUAUACGCUCUGAGAGCCAUCACUCGCUUCAUGACAUGAAGUGCUUUUGUCCUAGUUUUGUCUUUUAUAUAGAUUUUAUUACACGUUAUUUCUCAUUGUGGGACAUUUCAAGAAAACAUUUUGGUGAGGGAGACUUACUGGAUGGAGAGAUGGAUGGAUGGAUGGAUGGAUGCUGAGAAGACCAGAACAAAAAAAAAAGUCACAGGCACAGGUUUUUUGUUGUUGCGUGCAGUGCCAAAAGUGACCAGCAGAGGGAAGCCUGGUUGCCAGGCGUCCCAAGUAGUAUUCGAGCAUGCACCACCCUCUUCCACCUGACUGAAGACCCUUCUAGAAAAAAAAAGAAGCUGUGCAACCACAACCAUUCUGCACUGUCAUCGUUGUUUGUCGUUUCUUUUUUGACAUUGUGUUCAAGGACGUGGUCGCCUCACCUUCGGGCCGCCGUGCUUGUGCCUGAACGAUGCUGCAGUGUGCCCGUUGCUGCUGCUCCCCUGAGUUGUUUUCAGCGGGAGGGGGGGUCAUAUUGAUCGCCCCACGCCCAAAAAAGACCUUCCCCAACCCUCAAUCAUAGUCCCUGUCCAUCUGCAUUAACCCAAAUGUCUGUGUAAGCUAAUUCUAUGUGUGUGUGUGUGUGUGUGUGUGUGUGCAGUGACUCAAAGAACACUGAGCCCUUUUUGAGUUGACUGUGUGCAUGUGUGUGUGUGUGUGUGUGUGUGUGACAAAGAGAAAGUAGCUUUUGAAAUUUUAAUGUGUCAAAAAAGAAAUGCGAGGCACUUUGAAGGAGACUUCUUGCUUCUGCUGUAGCGCUACUGUGAUAAGUGUUUCUGAUUAUUUGUCUGGCUUAUUGAGGAAAAAAGUGUCGAACCAGGUGCUUUUUGCCCCAACACACACACACACACACACACACUGCUAGCUGUCUUCCGCGUUAACCCAGCUGCCUGGUCACACUUUAGGUUGUGAAUUUCACCAGUAAAGAAAAUACCUCUUCUGUUUUUCUCCAAAGUGCUCUUUGGUGAGCGCAGACCUUUUUUUUUCUUUUCCCCCCUGCUUCUCCCCGUGCCGCCAUUGUUCCGAUUGUGGCCGAUUUGCAAGGCAAAAAGAUGUAGCUGCGCUUAUUAAGCCCAACUAGUGCAAAAGCAUUUUUUUUUUUUUUUUUUUUAUGAAACCAGUGUUUGUUUUGUUCAGUAAAACCAGUAAAGUACUGCAUUUUUCUUCUGAAGGAGGAGUAAGCGUGAUAAGUGUUUAGACGGGGCGGUGAUGACAAAAAGAUGGUACCAUUGGAAGUUGUUGGAGAGAAAGAAAAAAAAGUGGAUAUUUUUUUUGUUUUCCAAACUUCUGACUGAUGUCAGUUACUGACGCUUUUUUUAUAUAAAAAUAUAUGAAAAUGGACAAAAAAAUAAACCUAUAACAUUGAAUUGUUGUGUAUCAUUUGUAGUGUAAAUUUGUUGGGUUGAUUGUACAAGAAAGCUCACUAACACUAAAUGAGGUGCACAUUCUAGACAUGUAUGUGAUGGGAUCAUUCUGCACAGGUGUCGGUCAGCUCGAUGACAAUGUCAAUCAUCCCAUUCUGGUCAAAGUUAGAGCAGCUUAAUAAUUCUUAUGCACCUCGCAAGGAAAAAACAUUUCCAAUGAAACAAUGUUACAUCAUCACCAGCACAAUCGCCAUCCCCUAAACUGCCUUCACUAGUGUAUGGUUUGUAGGGUUGCAAAGCAAACAACCAUAUCAGCUCAUAUUGCAUAUCAACCUGAGGAAUCAUGUUUAAAAAGUGUUACAAGGUUUGUACACAAAGUGCCGUUCCUGAUGUUUUGAUGUAAUGUGACUGAAAUGCUGUACUUUUAGAGGCUACUUGUAAGCACUGCCUGGGCCCCAAGUCUGUGUAACAAUAUUAAUAAUAAUAAAGUUUUCCAAAGGCUA